AUGGACUUAAUUCUAUUAGCAACUGGCAAGAAAUUUGAUCGACAUUACAAAAAGUUAGGAAAAUGUCCGUCUCUUGAAAGUAAACAUUCAACAAAAGAAAACCUAUCUAACGGUGCUGAUGCUGCUAAUAAAACUACUUCUUCUCCAGAAGACAGAUCCGUGGUUUCAUUAGGAGCAUCAUUGCCACUUGGACAGGAUGACUUGGAGCGAGGAGAAUCGAAUACUUUAAACCCAAAGAAACAGGAUCCAUACUUAGUGACUUGGGAUAGUCCAGAUGAUUCUAUGAAUCCGUCUAAUUGGUCCAUGGCUGAAAAAUGGUGGAUUAUUAUCCAAACAUCAAUUAUUACAAUCGUCGUAACAUUUGGCUCUAGUAUCUAUUCGAGUGGUGUUGAACAGGCUGCUGAUGAGCUCCAUGCUUCUAUACCCGUGUCUACCAUUGGCUCUUGCACAUUUUUGGUUGGCUUUGGCUUUGGUUCACUUCCUUUUGCUCCCUUAAGUGGUAUUUAUGGUAGAUUCAUUGUGUACUUCCUAACCUUGCUUUUGUUCACUAUUUUCCAAGUUGGUGGAGGUUGUGCGCAAAAUAUAUGGACUAUUAUUAUACUUAGGUUUUUUCAAGGUGUGUUUGGAAGUACCCCUCUUGCGAAUGCAGGUGGCACUAUUGGUGAUAUGUUUACUCCCAUCCAGCGUACUUAUGUUCUUCCAGGAUUUUGCACGUUUCCGUAUUUGGGUCCUAUUAUCGGUCCUAUCAUGGGUGACUUUAUUGUUCAGAGCUACUUGGGUUGGCGCUGGCUCUUUUGGAUUAAUAUGAUUUGGGCAGCAGGCACCUUGGUACUCAUUUUCUUUUUAUUUCCUGAAACUCAUGGUGAGACAAUCCUUGACUAUAAAGCGAAAUAUUUUCGCAAAAUAACUGGCAAUUCCGCUUAUUAUACAAUUCACGAGCGAGAGCGUGACCCCAAAAACGCAAUCUUCCAAGCAGCUACCCAAUCAGCUUCCCUCUUUUUAACUGAACCCAUUGUUGUUUGCUUUACUCUUUACCUCACCGUCGUUUACAUAAUUAACUACAUUAAUUUCGAGGGAUAUCCAAUAAUUUAUGCCAAAUAUGGAUUUAAUUACGGUGAGUUAGGUCUGUCGUUUAUUGCGGUCGGUGUUGGCAUCGUGAUUGCUGGUCUUUUGACACCAUUAACUUAUAAGCAGUAUCUCUGGGCAUAUAAGAGAAGAGGUUCUGUUAUGUGUCCUGAAGAUAGGCUAUAUCCCCUUUUUAUUGGUGCCUUUGUCCUUCCUAUAAGUAUGUUUUGGUUGGCUUGGACUUGCUAUGCUGACCAUGUCCAUUGGAUCGUGCCCAUGAUAGCUAGUGGUUUUUUCGGCUUUGCUUUGCUAAUUGUAUUUUUUGUUUCGUAUAAUUAUAUUAUUGACUCAUAUCAGCACAUUGCUCCCAGUGCGCUUGCUGCUGCGACCGUGGUUCGUUACUGCGCUAGUGGAGGUGUGACACUCGCUGCUCGUCCGAUGUACCUGAAUUUGGGAGAUCAUUGGGCUACUAGUGUGUUGGGGUUUAUUUCGGUAGCUAUGGUGCCUAUCCCGUUUGCCUUUUAUAAAUACGGAAAAAAUAUUCGGGCUUGGAGCAAACAUGCUUAUAAACUGUAA